CAUAAUUUUAGACAAUGGCGCACGCAAAUGCCAAAGUUGUCUCAAGAAUGUAAACACCGGAAUUCUCUCUUCAAAUUCUCAGUUUUACCAGCAAAGACUGUACUUGACAGGCGUUUGAAUGAUAUCAGAUGGUGGAAUGAACAAUCCUGCGUUAUGGGGGAUCCAAAACGAAAUGACUAUUCGCCGUUAUUGACACCUUUCGGGUCUGGGUUUAUGACAGAGGAGGACUACAGAGUGCAAUAUUGGCCACAGCUCGAGAGUGCAGUGCAGAUGCUCCUUACACAAGAACCGGGAGUUUUCAUGAAAAUAUCAUAUGAGCAAAUGUACAGUUGCGUAUACAAGUGUGUUUGUCAGCAGUUUGCUGAGAGAAUGUACUAUGACCUACGUAACACCAUCAUAUUACAUCUUCAGCAUAAAGCAGUCCAAUUGCAGCAUUGUUCUGAGAGUCAAGUAUUGGAGCAGUUUCAUUACAUAGUAAAACAGUAUACUCAGGCACUGGGAUCCAUUGUAGCUAUAUUCAGUUAUUUGAAUCGUUUCUACAUCGUACCUCGAAUCAAAAGUGAGCUUCGUGUUGAAUUAACCAAUGUCUUCAUACAGUACAUCGUUGACAUUCACAUAGCAAGAGUACUAGCCUUGCUGGAAGAGGCCCAAACUAAACCUUUUGCAGUGCACCCGAAAGUAGCCUCUGAAAUCACUAACAGUCUCUACUCAUUCAGUCAAGAUUAUGCUCAGUUGAAGCCUGCACUGUUUGCCAAGUACAUCCCUAACAUCCUACCUCCAACAAGGUUAGAAGAUAUCCCUGUAUAUAUCCAGGAAACCCAAAGACUACAACAAGAACUUAUUGGGUGCCAAGAAUUCAACAGACUAGGUCACAUAAGGAAGCGUACCAAUGAAGAUGAGCCAAUAAACAGAUGACAGUACUAGAUACAUUCAUCUUAACUCAAAUUUUAUCAGCUUCUGUGAGGCUCUACAAUGUAUAUGUAAGAAGGCUUUAGUUUUAUCUUUUUGCAAGUGUGAUGAAAUCUUUGGAUUGGAAUGAACUUAUCCUUUCCAACUUGCCACCUACUUUGUUCUAGAGAGGUUCUACAGGGAUGUCCAUUGUUGCAAUAAUGUUCUAUACUUGCUUUAUCUUCAGCAUUAUAGCCUGAGAAAGUAUUGGUAGGCAUAAAAUUACUUAUCAUUUAUCCUUUUACAUUGUCCCAUGAUGGUUUGAAUAAGAUGAACCAAACUCAACAUUAAACUAGGGAAUUAUAAGAAACUCACUCUAAGAUUAUUGAUGAUGUGAGCUUUCAAGGUUUAUGUGCUAUGUCAAACUGUUUUGAGUUUGCUGGGAGAUCAUGGCAAGACAUUCAACUUGGGAAUACUCCCCAGGGAGUGGUGAUUGUGCAUACACCUUAUAUACAGGCAAUCCUGAAUCCAGUGACCGGGGUUGUAAUAAAUUUGUCAGGUGCUUUAGAGAAAUUGUUCUGAUUUUGCUAUAUAAAUUCAAAAUUAUUAUUAACUGCUAAUGCUUCUCGUAUAGUAAGGAAAUGACCUGAUUGUCCAAAAAGACCCUGGUAGCCUGUUUGCUACAGUUUCAGAUUUUUGUUUCCUUUCCCAGUCAAUGUUGCCACUGAGUUAUGUCUAGUUGCUUGUUUUCCUUUUUGUGUGGCACACAUAAACAGUUGAUUGUGGAAUAGCAAUUCAUAAACAUGUAUUUUGAAAAAUCAUAUUGUAGAAAUUGCUGUGUUGUGUAUCAAUUCAAAACAUUUGUUUCCCUUUUCUUUUAACCUGAGAAAUUUCUUCAUAUAUCAGACGUCAUAGCAAAUGAAUUUUAAUGGCAAUAAUGUCAACACCCGUAACAGUUACUUUAUUAUAAAUUUAUUCCUGUUUGGUCAUUUGCAAGGUAAAUAUGUUCAGCUCUGACACUUAAAGACCCUGCUGAAAUUGUUCAAUCAUUUGUUUUUCAGAUCCCUUUCCCCGAUUCCACCAUGAACCAUGAAAGUUGUCAAUUUACAUAGUGCCACCAGCACUCAUAUAUGAUCUGGGGCACGUUGCAGAAAGAGUUGCAAUCAAUUGCAACUCUAAAAAUCAUGCGUAUUUGGGACGUGCAAUUGAUUUUUUGGCUUACGCUUAAACGCAACUCUUUCUGCAACGAGCAACUGAUGAAUUUACCCCUUCCCUUUGCCCCCUUGUCAAAAAAGGUUUCCUGAAAUCACACAAGUCACCAAUAUGGCAAGACAGUUUUGAGUUGAUUGAAAUUUUUUUGUAUGUUGUACUAUUUAUAAAAAGAUUUUGUUUUACAAGAUGAUAGAUGUGUGUUUUGUUAAAGGUUUUGUUGUGUAAUUUAUUGUGUAAAUAUUCCUUUCUUAUGUGAAGAUUUGAGUGCUUUUUUGUGAUAAGCUCAGGAAUGAUGUCAUUAUCUUUGUAUGGAAUUUAGGGUGAUUAUUAAUUCACAACAAUGCGACUCACAUCUUGAGUGAAAUUGAGUCUAUUUGUAAGAAGUAUUUCUUCUUUGUUUCAACUAUUAAAGCUAAACUUAUAUAGCUGUAGGUACAAUAAUUUCAUGGAGAAGUUUUUAAAAUCAAUGUUCAUUGUCACCAUAUCAUAAGUCUAGAUCUCUUGUUUCAGAGGGCUGUAUGUAAGUUACAAAUGACUUUAUACACAGACUGUGACCCUUUCUUCUUGAAUUCACCUAUCUUGGUGCAAUUAUUAGUAAAGAGGGUGAUGGAGAAAAUGACAUGAGAAGCAGAAUUAAUAAAGCCAGAAAUGUUUCUGUAAAACGAAACAAGGUGUGGAGGUCUAAGAAGUAUGGAAGGAAAACCAAAGUUAACCUGUUCAAAACAUUAGUCAGACCUGUACUUCUCUAUGGUUGUGAAACAUGGAAGAUCAACAAAAGUGAUGAAGUUAGAUUCGUUUCAAUAUCAAUGCCUUAAGAGCACUUCAAAUAUUGUGGCCAAAUAUUAUUGGCAUGGAGGAGCUCAAUAAUCUCACUAACUCGACAAGAUGAGUCAGGAAGUCAAAAGAAGACGUUGGAAUUGGAUAGGUCAUGUCCUCAGAAUGCAAGAUGACCAUCAUUGUUACACUGCUCUAACAUGGAAUCCAGGAGGAAAACACAAAAAGGGUAGACCAAAAACAACCUGGAGGAGAACUGUAGAGAAGGAGAGAAAUACCUAUGAAUGGAAGAGUUGGUAUGAGGCUAGGGGUUAUGCUAGAGACCGCCAAAAAUGGAAAGAAAGCGUGGAGGCCGUAUUUGCCACAGGGCACAAAUGAGGAUAGUAGUAGUAGUAGUUGAAGAUCCUUUCUUAUGCUAUAUGACAUAUCCCUAUGAUAUAUCCCUAAGCUGACGUAGCUCCUAAGAACAUGUUCCUGUCAUGUGUUCAAGUUGUACAAUUCUUUAUGAACAGUUUGAUGGAACACCCAACCGGUUCAUUUGCAUAAACUGAACAUUGUGAAAUCAUGAAAUCUAACCCGUAAAACGAUCACACCAAGGAUCGCAUACAUAGAUAAGUAAAUAUUGGAUGUUGCAUUGCUAUUUGUUUGGCGUCACCUGUGCCUGGGAGGCGUAAAGCCAACUGAAUGACUGUGACCCGCAGGUCUCUCCUGAUAUAACUGAUUGGAGGAGUGCUGGUGGACCACUACUCCAGGGUUCCCCCUAAUCUUGGUAAAAGACCUGUCAGAUGGCUUGAAUAUGUUUUGCUAUUUCUCAGCAAUUCCUACAUAUUUUUCCAUCAGAACUGUUUGGCUUAUAUGUACAAACAUCUUAUUGGAUUCUCUUGGUACUCUAUAUAAUAAUACACAAGAUUUAUAUAGCGCACUUUCCAUCUUGAUUAGAUGCUCAAGGCGCCUCAGAGCAGAACAACAAGAAGUAUUUACAA